GUCUGUGUAUCUCUCUGUUAACACUACAGAGUCUUGAUUCCUGUAGUUACAUAGCAAGUCUUAAAAUUAGAUAGACUGACUUUUUCUAAUUUAUUCUUCUUUUCCAAAAUUGAGCUGUUCCUGUUCCUUGCCCUUUCUAUAUAAUUUGUAGAAUAAUCUUGUGUAUAAAAAUAUGCUGAGAUUUUGAUAGCAACUGUAUUAAACAUUUGUAUAAUUAGGGGAGAACUGACAUCUUUAUAUAUUAAAUCUUCCAACCCAUGAACAUGCUAUACUAAAGCUUUCCAUUUAUUUAGGUCUUCUGCAUUUCAUUCAUUGGUACUGUGUAGUUUUUAGCAUACAAGUCUUGUACAUGUUUUAUUAGAUUUACACUUAAGUAUUUUUUUUAGUUAUUCCAUAUGAUACUGCACUUUUAAAUUUCUUGCCUAUGUACUGAUUGAUAAUAUAUAGAAACAAUAGGAUUUCGUCUUUAUUUUGUAUCCUUUGACUUUGCUGAACUAAUGUAUAACUUCUAGGAGUGUUUUUGCAGAUCCCUUGAUAUGUAAAAGGGAGGUGAUCCACCCACCCUGGCCUCCCAAAGUGCUGGGAUAAAACUACUGUUUUAAAAUACAAUUAUAAAGGAUUUUGCCUCAGAACCUGUUCUGCUUCAGGCUUUUGGGGAUCCUGAAAACAGCUGCCUCCAAGUGGCUUAUCCCAAGGACAGUGGUCACGAUAUGAGGGCGAGAGCAUUGAGGAGCCUUCCUAGGCAAUUGGGAAGAUACGAAAGUCCUAAACUAGUAGUUUAUCUAUACUGAGCAUCCUCAAGUGGUAGCAUAUUACUCUAAGAGCUUUUGGAAAAGACUUCUCCUUGGAGAUAAUAAAACCAAGUGCAAUGUGAAAUCUAAGACCAGACUUCUGGGUGACGGUGUAGGUAAAUUGGGAAGAUGUCAUGGGUCCAGGGGUGAGACAGUCUUAUCCUACCAGAAGCCACCUCUGCCACCUCCCACAGGCUGCUUAAAAUGCUUUGGUAAGAGCUUAUUACAAGGCUUGGUGGUAGAAUGUGUGAAAUGUUUUCCUGGGAGGGAUGACAUUUUAAACUUUUAUUUUAUACGUUACUGGUAGUCAUAAGUAAUAUAGUUCUUAAAAGCAGAUUUUAAGAGGGGGAUAGGGAAAAAAAAACCUAUGAAGACGCUGAUGCUACGAGUGGAAAGUAAAAGUUAUCUAAGAGGUGAUAGAGUACCAAAAAUAGCUUUUCGUUACUUCCCAAAUUUGCCAGCUUUUAAUGGACAAAGUGAAUAUUCUUAAAUGUAUGACUACUUUAAUUUGAAUAUUACAGCAUACUUUUUACUUUAAGAAAUUACAUAUUGCCGGGCAUGGAGGCUCACGCCUGUAAUCCCAGGACUUUGGAAGGCCAAGGCGGGCGGAUCACGAGGUCAGGAGAUUGAGACCAUCCUGGCUAACACGGUGAAACCCCAUCUGUACUAAAAAUACAAAAAAUUAGCCGGGCGUGGUGGCGGGCGCCUGUAGCCCCAGUGACUCAGGAAGCUGAGGCAGGAGAAUGGUGUGAACUCGGGAGGCGGAGCUUGCAGUAAGCCGAGAUCGUGCCACUGCACUCCAGCCUGGGCGACAGAACGAGACUCUGUCUCAAAAAAAAAAAAAAAGAUAAAAAGAAAAUAAAUUACAUAUUAAUAUUGUGUAAAGUAGAAGCAUUAUGAAUGUAGAGAAUUUAUUCAUUAGGGCUCUAAUAUUUACUACUGUCUGAUCUAGAGAAGUCACUUACCCUCUCUGGGCUUCGGUUUCAUUCAUUGAUAAAAUAGGCACAAUAUUCAGAGUAAGAUCAAAGUGCCUGUUACAAUAAAAACAAAUAUUAACAAUAAAAAAAUAGGUAUAAUACCUGACCUGCUGACCUCGUAAGUUGUGAAAAUGCACUGAGAUGGCUGGAAGUAGAAUUCUUCAUAAAGUAGACAAAUUUAUUAUUUAUAGUUGGUGCUAGUGCAGAAAGGAUAAGUGGUGUGAAGCACUGUCACUCAAUGUCAAUGGAAUUUACUGUUGGUGGUACAGAAAAAGAAAAUAAAUAUAUCUCUAGUCUCUUGUUCCUUUACAUUUUGAAGGCGCUUCUACCAGGUUCAGAAAAGGAAUCUUAUUAGCAUUUGGGGAAAAGCCUUUUUACUGAAACUUCUGGUAGGUUUCAACUGUAGGCAUACAUAUGUUUGUAAAGAUAUCUAGCCAAUGAAUGACAGUUUAAAAGAGAGAAGCUGUUCUUUGACCAUCUCCUCAAAGAAUCAUUAAUCCAUAUUAGAAAAUUGGAGAGAGUGCACAUGCAGGGAUUUUUUGCUAAAGAGCAUGAUGUGUCUGAGGAGUUAUGACUCACAGUAUCUCUGUUCCAGAGAUCACUUGGCGAUUGUAAAUGCUGGAGGCGGGGGAACCUCUCCUCUGCAUUUGUAUACCUCUUGAGCUGUGUAGAAUUAAUCGCUCCAACUGCACCAGGAGGUAAAUGGCAGAGCCCGUGGCUUACAGAUGCUUGUGUCUCCUAGUUUCCAGCAGUAAGUAUUUAUUAGAUGAAAACUUGGCUGAGACUGCAUAUUAAAGAGAAGAGGAAGGGGCAUCUCUUGGCAGAUUUUAUCCUCAAGGCAGGUUACCUGCUCCUGCAUAAUUGAAAAGAGACCUGGCCUGGCUUGGAGGCUGUCUUAGCCCUUCAAAAGAGAUCAACAAACAGUGGUGGCCAAUGGGUGUCAAAUAAAGAGCUUUAUAGUGUUAAAAGAAACUUCAGACAAAUUAAAUUUAAAGGAGUUUGAGCAAUGAAUGAUUUGUGAAUUGGGCAUCCCCCAGAAUCAGAGCAGAUUCACAGAGACUCCACGGGUGCCUCGUGGUUAGAACAAAUUUAUAGACAAAAAAGGUAAAGUGAUGUAUAGGAAUUGGAAGUGAGGUACAGAAAGAGUGAGAUUGGUUACAGCUUGGCGUUUGCCUUAUUUGAACACAGUUUGAACAUUCAGCAGUCUGUGAGUGGUUGAAUUAUGGCCGCUGGGAUUGGCCAACACUCAGCUGUUGUUACAGGUGCAUACUAUUGAGUUAGGUUUUCAAUUUGUCUGACUAUUAAGCUAGGUUACAGUUCAUCCCCAAGGACUCAAAUAUAGAAGUAUGGAGUCCUUCUCAAGCCAUACUUACUUUGCUUUAACAAUAGUUUAAGAAAGACAUAAGAAAUUAAAAGACAGUUUAGAGGACAGCUGUCAUGAUAAAGAGUUUAGAAAAGAAUGUGUAGGAAGAUGCGUUAGGGGUGGGGGAUAUUGGAAUUAUUUAAACUGACAAGAGUCACCCGAAUAAAGUAUGACAGGCAGUUGGUAUUUGGACAUUUGCAGAAGUGAUUAUAUAGAAUAUAGAGCAGAUGUUCUCAAGUUUUUUUGGAUGCCAAGGCACUCGGGAAAAGAUCACAUGUACAUGACCCACAGUGUAGUCAGGUGAGGUUGCUUAAGACUACAUUCUGCUCUAAGGCUUUGACACACCUAAGUCUCACUCUGCUACCAAACACUGAUGGGAUCAGUAGUAUCAUCCAAAAUACCAGCAGGAUGACUUAAUAGUAGAAAGGAGAGCCUCAUUGCUCUUAUCAGUUUGCAAGCCAGGAGGGUGCUCUCUGUUGGAAUAGGGGAAGGACAGGUUGUGUUUUACAUUCAUAUUCAUACACACUCAACAAGUUUUGGGGGAGAAGCUAUACAUACUUCUGUGGGAGCUGAGCACACCACAAUGAGUAAAUAUAUGUAUCAUACAUCCCAUGUUCACUUUGGAAUGGGGUUUUAGCACUAAAAUGAGGUAGAAUUUGGUCCUUUACAUCAUAAGGUAAACUAUGGGACACAAAGGUGGUUUGUAUGCAGCCUCUAUAAGCUGGCAGAUACUGGCAAUCUGUAAUAUUAGUAGCUUAUCAGAAAAGAAUGUUUGUAAGGCCGGUCCUCUGUCCGAUCAGAGCUGAUAGCUCGUUUGGUUAGAGGCAGUCUAUUUAUAGAAAGUUAGAAAUUUGCCAUGCCAUCCAGGCCCUGAACCCUUGACCCAUAGGUAACUUGGUUUCCUUACCCUUAGGGCCUGUCUUAGUUGAUAAAGGGGCAUCUAUUUUGGUCUUUUAGGUCAUAAUAGCUUAGCGCACUGUAACGUAUCCCUGCUUUAAGGGAGUUGCAUACUUGUUACCAAAUUGAUGUGGGGGGCUGGGACUGUCUGUAUUUGAGGGAGAGUUAGAAAUGUGGGGUCAAAAUGACAAAUAAGAUUGAAAUAAAAGGAGGAACUAAUGGAUUCUGGAUUUGAAAAUACUGAUUGAUUUGUCACAGGAUGGGUGUGUGGGUGUGUUUGUAAAGAAAAGAACUUUUAUCUGAGGCAUGUGAGUCCUCUUAAGUUAUCAGGCCUAGAGAGACGUUAAAAUGAGACAGAAAUCACAGCCCUAUUUCCUCCUUGAGCUAUGUAUUCAUCUCUUGAAACUGCUUGCUAUUGCCACAUGGAGCUAUAUAGUAACCCAAUGAUGCCACACCUGACAGUAUAACCCACCCCAUACAGCUUAACAAUGUAUAGCCAAUCACUAAUCAAUGUCGCUUCUGUAAACCAAUGAGAAUUCCUGAUUACAACUUUGUAUCAGCCCACUCCUUGACCUCUUUUUUUGACUUUGAAAACCCACUCAUAACUGCUGCUAAUUGGAGUGUAUAUUCAGGGGGACUUGCAUCUGUGUUCCCAGGUCGCAAUCCUCAAGCUUGACCCAAAUGAACUCUGUGUUUAUAAUAAUUUGCCUCAACUUCUUCCUUUUAGGUCGAUGUGUAUGUGUGUUUGUGUAGAGAGUAUGUUCCAAAAGUGCUUGAACAGUUUAAACCUCACUAACUUCAGAAAACAUCAGGGCAGAGCCAGGAGGAGAAGGAAAGUUGGGACAUUCAAAGACUGGAAAAGUUUCCAGAGAGAAGAGGAAGAGGAAAGGAAGCUGCUUUCUCUUCUGAAAAGCUUUGGACCUCCUGUUUCCUGCAGUCCUCUGGGCCAGCAUCAUGAUACCAACCACUUUCGUCGACUGUUAUGCCCAGACCCCGUCUGUCGGGUGUGUAACAGAGCAACUGCUGAUAUCCAGCAACUGCUGUCUUGGGAGUCCCUGAAAGAUGCUGCUCCCUCUGUGUCUCCUUUGGCUUCUUCAGCUUCUGCGACUGAGUCAUCAUUCGCUCUGGCUUCCACCCCCUCAGCAGCCCCUCCAGAAGACCUAAUACUGUCCCCUCGGCCUAAGCCCUCUCCACCGCCCCCCUUAAUUCUCUCACCUGACCUGAUCACCACCGUAGCUGACUUAUUUUCACCCUCACCACUGAGGGACCCUCUGCCACCACAGCCUGUUUCUCCCUUGGAUUCCAAGUUUGCCAUAGACCAUUCCCCACCCCAACAGCUUCCCUUUCCCCUUCUCCCACCACAUCACAUUGAGAGAGUGGAGCCCAGCCUCCAGCCUGAGGCCAGUUUGUCUCUGAACACCAUCUUUUCAUUUGGCUCCACCCUAUGCCAAGAUAUUUCGCGGGCCAUGAAUCCCAUUGGUUCUUGUGCUCGUCAUCACGGACCACCAAUCCCAUCUGCUUUACCACUGGAAGAUUGCACUGUGACUCAGUCUAAAUCAAGUCUCACCAUCUUGAAGACUUUUCCGGAAAUGUUAUCUCUAGGUGGCUCUGGUGGGUCAUCCACCUCUGCCCCAACAAUCAAAGGCAUUGACCAUUCACACCCUGCAUCUUCAGAAUUCUCCUGGUGGCAGCCUCAUGCCAAGGACUCUUUUUCCUCCAAUUUUGUGCCAUCUGAUUUCAUGGAGGAGCUUCUUACCCUUCAUUCUUCUGAGGCCUUUUUAGGGGGGCACUCUGUGGCCAACCUCAUAGAGCCUGUUAACAUCUCAUUUCUCAGCCAUGACAUUCUGGCACUCCUGGAGAGACAAGUCAAAAGAAGGGGUGAUUUCCUGAUGUGGAAAGAAAAUGGAAAGAAAGCAGGAUCAUUCCCAAAACAACUUAGGCCAAACUACCAACUAAAUUCCUCACGGAAUAUGUUAACCUCAAUUGCUGUUAAGCAUGACUUGGCAGAAUCCUUUCCUUUUUGGGCCAGUAAAGGCAAACUAGAAUGGCAGCACAUCCAUCAGCAGCCUCCAUACUCUAAGUGCUUUGAAGACCAUUUAGAGCAAAAAUAUGUCCAGCUCUUCUGGGGUCUCCCAUCUUUGCACAGCGAGUCUCUGCAUCCUACUGUUCUUGUCCAACGUGGCCAUUCCUCCAUGUUUGUAUUCUUCAAUGGCAUUACAAAUACAUCUAUAUCCCGUGAAUCCCCAGUGCUUCCCCCUCCCCAACCUCUGUCCUUGCCUAGUACCCAACCACUACCCUUGCCUCAAACCCUGCCCCGAGGUCAGUCCCCACAUCUCACUCAGGUGAAGUCCCAGGCUCAACAUCAAUCCCCAUUCCCAGCCCGACUACCUAGUCCUCUAUUCCUGAUUAGGAUCUGUGGAGUGUGUUUUCAUAGACCCCAGAACGAGGCACGGUCUCUUUUGCCAUCUGAAAUUAACCAUCUGGAGUGGAAUGUGUUGCAGAAAGUGCAGGAAAGUGUGUGGGGUUUACCCUCUGUGGUUCAAAAAUCCCAGGAAGACUUUUGUCCUCCAGCUCCCAAUCCUGAAUUGGUCAGAAAGUCCUUCAAGGUCCAUGUUCCGAUCUCCAUCAUUCCUGGAGAUUUUCCACUCAGCUCUGAGGUAAGGAAGAAACUAGAGCAACACAUUCGAAAGAGGCUCAUCCAGUGCAGAUGGGGCCUGCUCCGCAGAAUCCAUGAGUCUCUGUCACUGCUACGUCCUCAGAACAAAAUUUCAGAGCUAUCUGUGUCAGAGAGCAUUCAUGGACCGUUAAAUAUCUCUUUGGUUGAGGGUCAGAGGUGCAAUGUUCUAAAGAAGUCCGCAUCAAGCUUCCCUAGAAGCUUCCACGAGAGGAGCUCAAAUAUGCUUUCCAUGGAGAAUGUGGGGAAUUAUCAGGGAUACAGCCAGGAGACUGCCCCAAAAGAUCACCUGUUGCAUGAUCCGGAGACAUCUUCAGACAAGGAUCUGAGGUCUAACUCUGAGAGAGACCUAGAAACUCAUAUGAUGCAUCUGUCAGGGAAUGACUCAGGGGUGAGACUAGGUCAGAAACAACUUGAAAAUGCCCUGACAGUACAUUUGAGCAAGAAAUUUGAGGAAAUCAAUGAGGGUCGAAUGCCUGGGACUGUGCAUAGUUCAUGGCACUCAGUCAAGCAGACAAUGUCUCUUCCUGAGAAAUCCCAAAGCCAAAUUAAACAUCGAAAUCUGGUAACAUUGGUGAGUGAGGACCACUGCGUUGAUACUUCCCAGGAGAUUUCCUUCCUUAGUUCCAAGAAACAAAAGAUGUUGGAAGCCCAUAUUAAAACUUUCCGUAUGAGGAUGCUGUGGGGCCUUCCCCUCAAGGUCCUUGAAUCCAUAGAAAUCUUCAAAUCGAAAGCGGACCUUUCCACUUCCUUUUCCCAUUUCGACCUUCCCUCCUCAGCCACCUUCAUCUCUCGGGGAGAUUCCAAAGAUGGGGUCUCUAAGUCCCGUAGACGAAGCACUUUUCAAGGAGAAAAGUUGGGAACAACAAGCUCAGUCCCCAUCCUUGAUCGUCCUCACCCUGUCUCCUCACCUGUCGGCCAAGAAGGGCAGGGGACCCUGAGAAGACAAUUUUCUGAUACGGACCAUGACCUUAUAGAGACAGAUUCCAAAGAUGGGGCCUCCACAUCCCUUAGAAGAGGUACUACAGAUUUUCAAAGCGAAAAAUUAGAAUCAACAAGCUCAUUCCCCAUCCUCGGUCAUUCUUACCUUGUCACUUCACCUGUCAACCAAGAAAAGCAGGGGACCCUGAGAAGAGAAUUCUCUGAUACUGACAAUGAUCUUACAGAAAGUGUCCGGACAACGGAGGAUGGCAGACAGACUUUUCUGCCCCCGCCACACAGCAUCGUAGACGAAGUCAGUCAGAAACAGACUGUACUGGCCAGUAGAUGCAGUGCAGAGCUGCCCAUAAUGCAAGCUGGAGCUGGCUGUGAGUCAUGGGAUAAGAGAAAGAGUUCCUUUCAUAAUGUAGACAGGCUUCAGGGCAGUAGAAAGACCUUUCCUGUCACCAAUGCUCUUCAAUCACAAACUAGGAACAACUUGACAACCAGCAAGUCGGGAAGCUGCUCACUGACAAAUGUGAAAGCAAGCACUUCCAAUGAAACUGAAAUUUUCCCACCAAGAAUAUCAGUUCCUCAAGAUCCUAAAUCAUCAUACCUUAAAAAUCAGAUGUUGAGCCAGUUAAAGUUGGUCCAGAGGAAGCAUAGCCAACCUCAGAGCCAUUUCACUGACAUGUCUUUUGCCUUAGAUAACUUGAGUUCCAAGGACUUACUGACUAAUUCCCAGGGCAUCUCGAGUGGGGACAUGGGAACUUCCCAGGUGGUGCAUGUCCACUUGGAGGACAGAGGAAUCCGUGUGGCACAGAAGCAGGAGCCCAGGGUCCCUACCUGUGUCUUACAGAAGUGUCAAGUUAAGAAUUUCCCACCAGCUGUAAACAGAGUGAGUCCUGUGAGACCCAAAGGAGGAGAGCUUGAUGGAGGGGAUGCAGGGCUGGGGACAUCCCAACGCAGGAGAAAGAGCCUCCCUGUUCAUAACAAGACAUCAGGGGAGGUGCUUGGGAGCAAAUCUUCCCCAACCUUGAAAACACAGCCUCCUCCUGAAAACCUUUCCAGAAAAUGGAUGAAGACCUUUUUGCAGUGGUUUAAUAAACCCAGCAUAUCAUAUGAAGAACAAGAAAGUUCCUGGGAAAAGGGUAGCUCCCUGUUAUCAUGUGUGCAGAAUAUUGGUCGAGUUACAAGAGCUGCCUUUACUGGGACUACUGAAGCUCAGAAAAUUAGGAAAGACACUAGGGAGUUCCUAGAAGAGAAGCUGGGGCAUAGGCAUGGGAUAGAUAUCACCUGUCCCCGAGAGCCCCUUUCCUUCCCAGUGGGGCUUGGGAAAGCUCAGCACAACCCAGAAGUGCAUGUCAGAGCAGAGUCUGUCCAGGGCUAUGCCUGCAACUACAGGGCUCCCUCCUGCAAAGUGACACGUACCAAAUCUUGCAGCCAACAAGCUAUCUUUGUUGGCCAGAAUUAUCCUACAAGGAUUAGACAGAUCAUAGACAAGGACAGACAGCCCCAGAAAGUUGAGGCAUUUAAGGGGAAGAUAUUGUGUCAAAGCCAUCCCCAAUCCAUGCCCCACAGGAAGCCCGUGCCACAUCCAAACCCCACUUGCCGGCGUCAGGUCAGCCUGGUGUGUCCAGCCGUCCCAACCAGUGCUAAAAGCCCUGUGUUUAGUGAUGUGCCUUUCCUAACUGGGCAGAAAAUGCUUCCAAAGCAUUUCCAGGGAGGAAAAUUUCCCCCCACAAAAUAAUUCAAUCCUUGUUGAGAAUCUUGAUUCUCCCCAAUAAAUGUUCUAAUAAGAA